GAGAAAAAUAUAAGAGAGCAGAGGAAUAAAAUAGUUAAAUCUCGUAUUCCAGUUCGACCUAAAACAAAGCAAACUCGGGGUUUAUGCAAGCUGGAGGGAAAUUUUACCUCCAUAAACCCUACUUGGUUGUCGAUAUAAAAAAUACGCAAGAGAAAAAGAAGAGAAAAUUGAUCAGCUGUAGAGGCAAUAUCAAAUGCCUGUGUAUUCUACGACAUGCAUAUCCUUUAAUUAUUGAGAAUAAGGCUUCAACUUUACUUCUUAUUGUUACAGAAUGUCGGUUUCAAACAUUUCACAGGUGGUGACCAAAGAUGUUGAAUCAGUUCAAUUCACCUUUUAUACAGAUAAUGAGGUCCGCUCUUCUAGUGUAAAGCGUAUUACAAGUCCUGUUUUAUUUGAUAACAUGAACAGGCCUGCACCUGAGGGAUUGUAUGAUCCAGCACUUGGUCCUCUUGAUCAGUAUGGUAGCUGUAUCACAUGCGGAGAAUCUGCAUUACAUUGCCCUGGUCAUUGUGGCCAUAUCGAGCUUGUAUUGCCUGUGUACAAUCCUCUGCUCUUUAGGAUCGCUGCAAAGUUCAUGAACUACAUGUGCACCUUCUGUAAGCAUUUCAAGCUGGAGAAAAAAAGGAUUAAUAAAUAUGCCAAAAAGCUGGAGCUCAUCGUAAAUGGGGAUGUGAUUGGGGCUAAGUGUCUGGAUGAUCUGAUGGUGGGAGAUGAUUUGGAUAAGGGUUUGUUAUCUGAAAACAGUAGCAAACAAUAUGCUGUUGAUGAGAAAAAGACACACACUUCAUCCUGUCAGUCUGAAAGACGCCCUUGGACAUCACUUCAACUCGCAGAGGCUAGAGCAACCUUGAAUGCCUUGAUGGCUGAACUGAAGGGGAGUAAAUGUGGUAACUGUAAAGCAAAAGUUCCAAAAAUUAAGAGUCAUAGUUUUGGAAGUUUGUAUCAGGAAGCUUCAAAAAGUAGUAGCAACACUGCAAAUACCAUGAAUCAAUUGAAGUUGGACCUUACUCCUUCAUUUGGAAAACAAUCAAAAGGACCUGAUGUUGUAGGUGGCAAAGAUCCAAAGGAAUUUCACACUAGUAGUGGAGCAUCUGAAAAUCAAACUAUGAGUGAUGAUAUUAUAGAUCCUUCAGAGGCGGAGGUGUCUGACACUACAUUGGAGAAAGCUCCUCGAAUCAGAGGUUCGGAGAAACAAAGAAAAUCUAAGAAGGAUGCAAAUUCUGGGUUGAAGAAGGAUAAAGAAAGAUAUCUCACACCUCUAGAGGUGAAAGAGCAUCUUAAGGAAUUGUGGGAGAAUGAAUCUCAUAUCUGUUCACUUAUUUGGGAUAUACAACAAGAGAAGAGGAAAUCUUGGGGCAAAUCUCCGAGUUAUUCAAUGUUCUUCUUGCAUGCUCUCCUUGUGCCACCUAGCAAGUUUCGACCACCCAAUAGGAUGAAUAAUAUGUUAUUAGAGCAUCCACAGAACAUUUUAUAUGGUACAGUCUUACAGUCAAACAUUGGUCUAGCAGAGGCAAUAAAAGCAGAAAAAGAUGGUUCACGUAAUGUUGUACAGGUCACAAAUAAAUGGAUAAGUCUCCAGGAUGCUGUGAAUAUGCUUCUUGAUAGCAGCACUGCAAAUACUAUAAGAGGUAAAGAAACAACAGGAGUACGCCAAUUGUUGGAAAAGAAAGAAGGUUUAUUUCGACAAAAUUUGAUGGGAAAGAGAGUUAACUAUGCAUGCCGGUCUGUGAUCUCUCCCGAUCCUUACUUGAAAGUAAAUGAGAUUGGAAUUCCCCCAUAUUUUGCUGUUCGGCUUACAUAUCCAGAGAAAGUUACUCAUUGGAAUGUUGAGAAAGCAAGAAAGUUUGUGCGCAAUGGGCCUCAUGUUUAUCCUGGAGCAACACAUUUUGAAGAUGAACAAGGAAUAGUUCAUUUGUCCAGCCUUACAGCAUAUCAACGCAGUUCUAUAGCUAAAAAAAUGUUAUCAACACCUGGGGUGGUUUCCUCUAGUGGCUCUGGACAUAACAUAGACUCUUCAAAAAUUGAAGGAAAGACAGUUUAUCGUCAUCUUCAAGAUGGGGAUGUUGUACUUGUUAAUCGGCAACCUACUCUUCACAAACCAAGCAUGAUGGCACAUAUUGUUCGAGUUCUUAAAGGGGAGAAAACCCUUCGGAUGCAUUAUGCCAACUGCAGCACCUACAAUGCGGACUUUGAUGGUGAUGAAAUGAAUGUGCACUUUCCACAAGAUGAAAUAUCUAGAUCAGAAGCAUAUAAUAUUGUAAAUGCCAAUGAACAAUACAUUGUUCCAACAAGUGGUGAUCCAAUCCGAGGUCUGAUUCAGGAUCAUAUAGUAAGUGCUACCCUGCUUACAAAACGGGACACAUUCUUGAACAAGGAGGACUAUCAACAUCUUGUAUACAAUGCAUGUGUGUCAAAUUCUGCUCCUGUUUUUCAGCGUGGUAAGUCAUUGCCAAAAGUUGGCAUUGUUGAAGAUGACUCUGGAUUUGUAUCACUUGCUCCGACAAUAUGGAAGCCAGAACCUUUGUGGACUGGAAAGCAGGUCAUAACAACAGUCUUAAAUCAUGUCACUAAGGGGAGACCAUCUUUUACCAUGAACAAAUCUGGGAAGGUGCCAGGAGAUUACUGGGGAAAAUCUAGUGGGGAGCUAGAGGUUGUAAUUCAAAAUAAUGAACAUAUCUGUGGGAUUAUUGACAAGGCGCAGUUUGGAAAAUAUGGGUUAGUUCAUAUUGUUCAAGAACUUUAUGGAGCUAAUGUAGCAGGUCAUCUACUCUCAAUUUUCAGUCGUCUAUUCACUGGGUACUUGCAGAUGCAUGGGUUUACUUGUGGAAUAGCUGAUCUUCUUCUCAAACCUGGAGCAGAGGAUCAAAGGGAAAAGACAUUGGAAAAGAGUGAAGAUCUCGGCGAAAAGGUUCACUUACAAUUUCUGGGUGGAAAUGAAGAUUCGGUGCACUUGGGAGAGGAUAUCGAGAAAGUUCUACGAAGCAAAGGAGAAACUGCAUCUGCUCGGUUGGACAGGCUAAUGUCGAGUGCUCUGAAUCGUAUAACAUCUGAAGUCAACAACAGCCUUUUUCCAAAAGGAUUAUUAAAGCCUUUUCCUAGCAAUUGUCUUUCGUUGAUGACAACAACUGGAGCAAAAGGUGGUUUGGUAAAUUUUACCCAAAUAUCAUCAUUACUUGGACAGCAAGAGUUGGAAGGAAAGCGUGUUCCUCGUAUGGUUUCUGGAAAAACUUUACCAUGUUUUCUCCCUUGGGAUAGUAGAGCUCGUGCUGGAGGUUUUAUUAGUGAUCGCUUUUUGACCGGCCUUCGCCCUCAAGAAUACUAUUUUCAUUGUAUGGCAGGGCGUGAUGGGCUUGUUGACACUGCUGUGAAAACAUCUCGAAGUGGGUAUUUGCAGCGGUGCCUUAUAAAAAAUCUUGAAUGUUUGAAGGUGUACUAUGAUUAUACUGUAAGAGAUUCAGAUGGUUCUAUCAUCCAGUUUCAUUAUGGAGAAGAUGGGGUGGAUGUUAUGAAAACUAGCUGCUUGACUCAAUUUGAUGUUCUUGCCACUAAUCAAAAACUAGUCAUACAAAGGCUUGGUAAGGACCAAUUUGAUGAAUUAAUCCACCAGUCUUCAAACAAAGAGAAGUCUCUAGUUUCAGACAGCUAUACAAAUGACUUACCUGAAGCUCUGAAAAGGAAAGUAAAAGGUUUCAUCAAUAGUCUUUCAAAGGAAAAGAGGCAAUCUCUUAACUUGGAGGAUCGAAGGAAUUUUCUGAAUUUGAUGAAGCUCAAGUAUAUUACAAGUCUUGCUCAACCAGGUGAACCUGUAGGUGUUAUUGCUGGUCAGUCUAUUGGGGAACCAUCGACACAAAUGACUUUGAACACAUUUCAUUUUGCUGGUCGAGGUGAAAUGAAUGUGACAUUGGGUAUUCCUCGUCUGCGUGAAAUUUUAAUGACAGCAUCAAAGGAAAUACUUACUCCUGUGAUGACUUGCCCACUUCGCCAGGGUAAAACAAGGGAGGAUGCUGAAAGAAUUGCUGCAAAACUUAGGAGAAUUCGAUUUGCAGAUCUUAUAGAAAGUUUAGAUGUUUCUAAAUUACCCUUUUCUGUACAAAAUGGGCGAGUGUUUACUGUGUACAAGCUCAAGAUAAAGCUUUUUUCUCCAGCUUAUUAUCCACCUUAUUCUGGUUUAACACUUAAGAAGUGUGAGAAUGUGUUUCAUAGUCAGUUCCUAGAGAUCAUGAAUAAGAAAGUAAAGGCAGCUGAAAAAUUGGCCAGAAAAGGUGGACAUGAUGCUAUUCGAAUCGUUUCUGAUUCUCAGAUUGUGGGAAGUACAGCAGGAAUCAGUGAUGAUGAUUCUCUAGUUAAGUCAAAAAGUGGGGAGCAAGCAGAAGAUGAAGAUGAUCAGGAUGAAGAAGCUAAUGAUGAAGGAGCAGAUGCUCAGAAAAGGAAAGCACAAGUAACAGAUGAAAUGGAUUACGAUGAUGAGGUUGAUGAGAAUGAAAUAUCUCUUUGCAAUGAAGAUAAUCCAUUAGAAGGGGAAGAUAAUGAUGACAAUUGCAGUACUGUGCAAGAUGAAGAAGCUGAAGAUGAAGAUAUUGAGCAGGAAAAUUUUUCAGAAUUCAGCAAGAAUCUAAAUGAAAGCAUGUUAGCUGAGAAAAAGGCUUCAAACAAGAAUAAACAUCAACCAGGCAAGAAUGCAGAAGGGAGAAUUUUCGAGGCUGACUUUCUUUUACCUGGAAAUACAAAUAUUUUACUUGCUCAAAUUGCAGAAAAUGUUGCAAAACAGGUUUUCGUCCAUUCUGUCUCAAAUAUUGACCGUUGCUCCAUCAUAGAUUAUAAUGGGGAUCCCAAUAUUCCAGCACUUCAGACAGAUGGAAUUAACUUUAAAGCCCUAUUGAUGCUUGGUGAUGAACUUGACUUGGCUAGGUUAACAACAAAUAACAUAAAUGCCAUGCUUGAAACUUAUGGUGUUGAAUCUGCUCGUGCGACUAUUGUUGCAGAAGUGAAAAGUGUAUUUGAUUCCUAUGGCAUAGCUGUUAACAGUCGUCAUUUGAGUUUAAUAGCAGACUUCAUGACAUUUGAUGGUGGUUUUAGGCCAAUGAGCAGAAUUGGUAUAGGUUCAAACACGUCACCAUUUCUUAAAAUGACCUUUGAGACAGCCACCAAAUUCAUUGUGGAGUCUUGUUUGCAGGGGGAGACAGACUGCCUGGAAUCACCAUCUUCCCGAAUCGUUCUUGGGCAGGUUGCAAAAGUUGGAACUGGAUGUUUUGACAUUUUACAGAACUUGCAAGUAUCAUGAUCUUUUCAAAUGUGAUUAUUCUUGGUCAUUUUGUCACCUUAUUCUUUUAAUGUAACCACUCCAACUCAAUAUAACUCAGCUUUUUUUUUUA